CCACCCACCCCCAAUCCCGGGACGCGACCUCGCCGUUCUCUACGAGCCGCUGCCUCCAACUCCUCCAUCUAGGUCUAAACUUUCCGUACUUGGAGUGUCUCGUUCCCCCGCGUCUCUGUCCCCUCCCCGUCUUUGACCCCGUCCCUGCUUCUCUUCCCCGGCCGCAUCCUCCUCCAGGUGUCCUGCCCCUUUCCCGCAUCACUGUCUUCCCUCUGCCCCUCUCCCCUAUCUCGAUCCUCCUCUCUACCUCUUUACCCCCACUGUGUCCCCCCUCGCCCUCCUCCGUGGCCGAGCAGAGCCAGGCCCCAGACGGCGGGAAGGCGGCCGGGCGUCCGGCCGGGCUGGGCCUCGGCCUGGCGGCUGGGCCGGUGUGGGGAGCGGCAGCUGUUUGCCAUUAGCCGGGGACCCCGCAGGCCCCGCCCCCUCCCUGCACGGGGCGGGGUCACCCCUGCCGGGGUCUUUGGGUCGGAGAGACCCCAGAGACGUCCAGGUUUGGCUGGGAGUGGGGCUGGGAGGAGACUCCGCCGGACAUUCGGGCCCGCCUGGGACCCUGCACCCCCUUACCUGUCCCCUCUUGGAGUGUCUCGCCUCCCAUUCUCUCCAUCUCUCUCCUAUCCUGCUUUUCCUUCUCUAUAUCCCAGGGGUCCCAUAGAGGGAGAGGGGCUUCAGCCACAGACACCCUCCCUCACCACCCCGCCCACCCCGCUCUGCUUUCUCGACCUGUGGUCAUCCGCGCACGUAGAGGGCGGUCCGAUGGCUGGAGACCCUCAGACCUCAGUCUCUCUUGGAAGUGGGCAGAGGGAUGUGGCAUUGGGAGGUGGGGGUGGUGUGGCCAAUAGUGGGGAAUCUGCCAGGCUUAGGUUCGAGUCCAGACCCAGCCACUUCCCCCUCCGGUGACCCUGGGCAAGUCACUGUGCAUUUCUGUGCCUACCCCGCCCCCCAUUCCUUAUUUGCAAAUCAGAGCAAUCAAUAACUGUGUGCCUGAUGCGGACGUUGUGAUCAAAUGAGCUGCUGGGGUGAUUAUUACAGUUAUUACUAUUAUUUGCCCCACGGCUUUUCACCUCCAGGGGCCCCCACAGGCUAUUCCAGUCCUGCUUCCUGCCACCAGUCUCUCUCAGGUGUCCAGAAAAGAGUUUUUGAUCACCUCCCAGGUGCGUAGGGGGUGAGCCUCCAAGCAGGUGAAAACCCAGAUUUCAUACAAUUGGUGACUGUGUUCCAGGCGUUGAAAGACAAAGACGUGAAGAAAGACGGAGAGAGAAGUGGAGCGAGGCACAGAGAGACAGAACGUGGAGAGAGGCAGAGAAGCGUGGAGAGACUAAGCAAGACACUAAGCAAGGGACGAGCAGGGUGUAAGACAAGGACAAGCCCGGCUGCCCCGGAGCCCCAGCCCCGCCUUCAUGCCCAGCAAGUGCCCCACCUGGCCCAUCCUCCCAGGUAAGCCUCAGCCCAAGCUGCAGGUGAUCUGAGUCACAGACCCCAAGUGACUCUUGAGGAGCUUCUGCAGACCAGAGGAUGGCCCAAGUCCUGCACGUGCCAGCUCCCUUCCCAGGGACCCCUGGGCCAGCCUCCCCACCCGCCUUCCCUGCCAGGGAGCCUGACCCACCGUACUCUGUGGAGACGCCCUAUGGCUACCGCCUCGACCUGGACUUUCUCAAGUAUGUGGAUGACAUCGAGAAAGGCCACACGCUUCGGCGCGUGGCCGUGCAGCGCCGGCCCCGCCUCGGCUCCCUGCCCCGAGGUCCUGGCUCCUGGUGGACCUCCACCGAGUCUCUGUGCUCUAAUGCCAGCGGGGACAGCCGCCACUCGGCCUAUUCCUACUGCGGCCGCGGCUUCUACCCGCAGUACGGUGCCCUAGAGACCCGCGCCGGCUUCAACCCGCGCGUGGAGCGCACGCUGCUGGAUGCCCGACGCCGCCUGGAGGACCAGGCAGCUGCGCCCACCGGCCUGGGCUCCCUGACCCCCAGCGCAGCAGGCUCCACCAGCUCAUUGGUGGGCGUGGGGCUGCCACCCCCGACGCCACGGAGCUCAGGACUGUCCACACCCGUGCCUCCUAGCGCCGGGCACCUGGCCCACGUGCGGGAACAGAUGGCGGGUGCCCUGCGGAAGCUGCGGCAGCUGGAGGAGCAGGUGAAGCUGAUCCCCGUGCUCCAGGUGAAGCUAUCCGUGCUGCAGGAGGAGAAACGGCAGCUCACGGUGCAGCUCAAGAGCCAGAAAUUCCUGGGCCAUCCCACGGGGGCCCGGGGCCGCAGCGAGCUCUGCCUGGACCUCCCAGAGCCCCCCGAAGGUCCAGUGACGCUCGAGACCAGGAGCGUGGGCACCUGGGUCCGAGAGCGGGACUUGGGUGUGCCUGACGGGGAGGCAGCCCUCGCCGCUAAGGUCACGGUGCUGGAGACCCAGCUCAAGAAAGCGCUGCAGGAGCUGCAGGCGGCUCAGGCCCGGCACGCGGACCCCCAGCCCCAGGCCAGGCCACCACCGGACAGCCCGAUCCGAGUGGACACUGUCCGGGUGGUAGAGGGGCCGCGGGAGGUGGAGGUGGUGGCCAGCACGGCUGCCGGAACCCCCGCCCAGCGGGCCCAGAGCCUGGAGCCCUAUGGAACAGGGCUGCGGUCCCUGGCACCGUCUGGAGGGGUGGAGAGCCCUGCCGUGUUCCGUAGCCACGAGCUGAUAGAGACCGCGUUCCCAACAUCUGCUGCGCCCGCCGGCAACGUUCACCUGGUGAAGAAGAUCGGCAUCACGGAGCGCAGCUGCAGUGACCCAGCAGGUCUCCCACAGGCUCCUGCGGAGUCACCCUCGUCGCCCCCAGGGGUGGCGGCCUCGUCCCUGGCACAGCCUGAGAAGAAGGCAGGCGGAGCGCUCGCCCGCGAAGCUGCCGACUCGGAGCCCGCCCGGCAGGCAGCCUCGUGCGAGUCCGCGGAGGCGGGGGGCGCAGGCGAGCCCCCGGCUGGCGUGCGGUCCAUCAUGAAGCGCAAAGAGGAGCCCGCGGACCCCCCAGCCCACCGGAGGAGCCUGCAGUUUGUGGGGGUCAACGGCGGAUACGAGUCCUCCUCGGAGGACUCCAGCACAGCAGAGAACUUCUCAGACAACGAGAGCACAGAGAACGAGGCCGCGGGACCAGAGGAGAGGGUUCCAAGUGUGGCCGAAGCCCCCCAGCUCAGGCCCUCGGGGACAGCGGUGGCCAAGACCAGCCAGGAGGAGUGCCAGCCGUCUCGGGAGCCUCAGCAUGUGCUGGUGGAGGAGGGGGUGUCAGGAGCGAAUGCAGAGGAGGAGAUCCGGAUGGAACUAAGCCCCGACCUCAUCUCAGCCUGCCUGGCCCUGGAAAAGUAUCUGGACAACCCCAAUGCCCUCAGUGAGCGGGAGCUGAAAGUGGCCUACACCACGGUGCUACAGGAGUGGCUGCGUCUGGCCUGCCGCAGCGACGCCCACCCUGAGCUGGUGCGGCGCCACCUGGUCACCUUCCGGGCCAUGUCGGCGCGGCUGCUGGACUACGUGGUCAACAUCGCCGACGGCAAUGGCAACACCGCUCUACACUACUCCGUGUCCCACGCCAACUUCCCCGUGGUGCGGCAGCUGCUGGACAGCGGUGUCUGCCAGGUGGACAAGCAGAACCGCGCUGGCUACAGCCCCAUCAUGCUCACUGCCCUGGCCACUCUGAAGACCCAGGACGACCUCGAGACCGUGUUGCAGCUCUUCCGGCUCGGAGAUGUCAAUGCCAAAGCCAGCCAGGCGGGGCAGACGGCCCUCAUGCUGGCGGUCAGCCACGGGCGGGUGGAUGUGGUCAAAGCCCUGCUGGCCUGUGAAGCGGACGUCAACGUCCAGGAUGAUGACGGUUCCACGGCCCUGAUGUGCGCCUGUGAGCACGGCCACAAGGAGAUCACGGGGCUCCUGCUGGCUGUGCCCAGCUGCGACAUCUCGCUCACUGACCGCGACGGGAGCACAGCUUUGAUGGUGGCCUUGGACGCGGGGCAGAGUGAAAUUGCAUCCAUGCUCUACUCCCGCAUGAACAUCAAGUGCUCGUUUGCCCCGAUGUCAGAUGACGAAAGUCCUGCGUCAUCCUCUGCCGAAGAGUAGCCGGGAGGGAGGCCCGGGGGGAGGGCCAGCCAGCCCCAGAGCGAACCGUCCCUCCUCCCUCGUCUGCUCCCUUCUCCCUCGCCAGCACCCCCCCCCCCCAUACCCACCGAGGCCCGAGUCACAAAGGCAAGUGGGAUUUUCUUCUGCUUCCCAGGAGGAGCCCCCAACAGCAACAUGACUCCAGCUUUAUAGCGGGUUUUUCCUGGUACACCAGUUCAAAGCAGCCGCGGUGCAGACCGGAGCUAAAUUCUUACAUAAAUUGGCGCCAGCGGCCGAGGCCGGGGCGUGGGUUUAUGAAGAACGUUGAGAACAAUCAACUGACAAUUACGGACGGAGGAGGGCGAAAGGGAAAAAUACUGUAUUUUUGAAUCAUUGGGGGGCGGGGGGGGGGGGGGGGGGAAUCGUAUUACUUGUUGCCAGAUCUGAAAGUCACUGGAAUCGCAUAGUUUCAUUUUAAUCCUGAAUGUUGUUACGCACGGGUCACGUCCGGAGUGGCUUAACGCCCCCCUCGCACGCCCCACAUUUAAUUGUCUGGUAUAUAAUAGUGUUUUGUCCACUACCCCCUUCCCCCCGCCCUGCCCUCCCCAGACAGCUUUCUUGGGGGG